AUGGACAUGGUCACGGGCAUAUUGCGCGAUAAUUUUGCCUUUUCAAGCCACGUGAGCGACAGAGGAAGGAACUGGCCGCUGACGGACUGUUUCGAUGGGAAUUGUUUAUCGGUCUAUAAAUCUGGGGAGCACUCUGAGAUUGGAGAGGGCCAAGAUAGGAGGGUGGUGAUGGCGUGCAGCAAAUAUCAAGAAUCAAAGCGACUCUUGAUUUGGGGACGAAGACUCCGCUUCACUCCUCGUGGCAUUCCUAGGUACGCUUUCAACUACUAUCAAGUACUAUGGUUCUACUAUCAUGUCGAUGGGAUCCACCUCACCUUGUUAUGGAUCCCUUUCAGCCCUGCUUAA